AUGAACGGAAACUUGGCCAAGGCUCCCCGCUUCGAUCACGUUGAGGACUUCGACAAGGAGGAGUACAAGUUAUACAAGGUUCACAGUCAUGUGGACCGCCUGGGCUUCUUCUGGGUGAACCUGGACGCCGCCGAAAAACCCACAUUGAGCUGGGAGGAGCAAUUUGGCGGCGUUGACACCCAGCCUCGACUGGAGAACUUUGACAUGAGUGACUAUGAGUACGACCACACCUGGUCCAUGGAGGGCAAGUUCAACUGGAAGACAUUGAUUGAGAACUAUAACGAGGGCAAUAAGCAGAUGAACUACGGUCUCGAAAAGUAUUGGGUUGCGCAUUUGGGCGCGAAGGGAGAAGAGCGUUCGGGCUCAGUCAGCCCGACGUACAUGUUUCCCAACGCCUCUGUCACUUUGACCCCGGUCUUCUUCUACAUGAUGUCCAUCGUCCCGACAUCUGCAACCACCAGUCUGAUGCGGUACGAGGUUUACCGAUCUAAAUCAGCGACCCCGGAGCAAGUUAAGGAGAAGCUCGACUUCUUCAGUCAGGUCGAGUCAGAGGACAAGUGGCUGGCAAAUGGCUCCCAGGCAAACCUCAACAGCGAUACUUACAUGACUGGGCCAUUCCACCCUGACGUAGAGGAAGCCGUUGUCUAUGUCAUUGGCAGAGUCAAAGGAAUGCUUCAUGGGCACGUGGAUGAGGAGAAGAAACGCGGAGCAGAGUGGUGGCCUGCUCGCAGAGGUCCUGUUCAGGCAACCAAGUCUUCUGCAGAACAAGAUGAAGCGUUUUGCCGGGGUGUCUGCGAGAAUUCCGCACUCCGUGGCGGCUCUGCCCCUGAAGGAUUGGCAUGGUAA